AUGAAUAAUUGUCGAAACAAUGAACAGCAAUCUCUGAAGUGUGAUAUGGCUGAUAUGGAAUUACGUGCUUUUGAAGCACGUUUGGAUACGAUGAUGGAUCAGUUGAAUGAAGAAUCCACGGAAUUAAUCAUCGAGAGACCGCGAUAUGCCCAUGCGGUUAUGGUAUUUGCCAGUGGUGCUGAGCCGGGGGAAUUACUCACCGCUUCUCGAAUCAAAAUGCUGGAUCCGAUAUAUGUUCCGGUCGAAGCAGCAACAAAUGGCCAUCAAAAAUUUCAUUAUUAUUCGGAAAAUACUACUUCGCCAGCGAAAUCGAUGAGUGAUUUUAAUAACUGUGAUGAGAGGGAAGAUUUUGAUUUGAUUACUACUGUGGGGAUUUAUGACGACGAUGACAUACAGAAAGCAUUGAGAAAAUUGGAGGAAUCUCGAAGUAUGCUUGAUGAUGAAUCGAUUAUCACACCUUCUACCACGGUGAAUCAUUUCUGUGCAUCUCCGCCAUUUAGUCGAUCUAUUCCUGACAGAUAUACUGCAUUAAAGGAAGGCGCUCUUUUGUUUCCAAGCCAACUACGACAAGAACGCCGAGCAUCCACAUCGUCGACGCGUACAUUAUUGUGA